GCCGCCGCCGCGGCGGCGGGGCCCCUCGGCCCGAGCUGUGCAGUCGGAGGUCCUCGUGCAUGAAGACAGAUUUGUUCUAUGGCCUCGGAGUUGGGUGCCGGGGACGAUGGCAGCUGCACUGAGCUGGCAAAGCCCCUAUAUCUUCAGUACCUGGAGAGGGCCUUGCGGUUGGACCAUUUUCUGCGACAAACAUCGGCCAUCUUCAACAGGAAUAUCUCUAGUGAUGACAGUGAAGAUGGAUUGGAUGACAAUAAUCCCUUAUUGCCUGAGUCUGGGGAUCCCUUAAUACAAGUGAAAGAAGAACCUCCAAAUUCAUUGCUUGGUGAAACUUCUGGGGCAAGCAAUUCUGGAUUAUUGAACCCAUACUCACUGAAUGGAGUUCUGCAGUCAGAAUCAAAAUCUGACAAGGGGAAUUUAUAUAACUUCUCUAAGUUGAAGAAAAGCAGAAAGUGGCUAAAGAGCAUUCUUUUAAGUGAUGAGUCCAGUGAGGCAGAUUCUCAGAGUGAAGACGAUGAUGAAGAAGAAGAACUCAAUCUCAGCAGAGAAGAACUUCACAACAUGCUUCGAUUACACAAAUAUAAGAAACUUCACCAAAAUAAAUAUAGUAAAGAUAAGGAGUUGCAGCAGUACCAGUACUACAGUGCAGGCCUGCUCUCUACACAUGACCCUUUCUAUGAGCAACAGCGCCAUUUGCUUGGACCCAAGAAAAAGAAAUUCAAGGAAGACAAGAAGCUUAAAGCCAAGUUGAAAAAAGUAAAGAAAAAAAGACGGAGAGAUGAAGAGCUUUCCUCUGAAGAAUCCCCACGCCACCACCACCACCAGACCAAAGUCUUCGCUAAGUUCUCUCAUGAUGCACCUCCCCCUGGCACCAAGAAGAAACACUUAUCCAUUGAGCAGCUUAAUGCUCGCCGCAGGAAAGUAUGGCUCAGCAUUGUGAAGAAGGAACUACCAAAGGCCAACAAGCAGAAGUCUUCAGCUCGAAACUUAUUUCUCACCAAUAGCCGAAAGCUUGCCCACCAGUGCAUGAAGGAGGUGCGCCGAGCUGCCUUGCAAGCACAGAAGAACUGUAAGGAGACUUUGCCUCGUGCUCGCCGCCUAACCAAGGAGAUGCUUCUUUACUGGAAGAAGUAUGAGAAGGUGGAGAAAGAGCACCGCAAGCGAGCAGAGAAGGAAGCUUUGGAGCAACGGAAGUUGGAUGAGGAAAUGCGGGAGGCCAAGAGGCAGCAGCGAAAACUCAACUUCCUAAUCACUCAGACAGAGUUGUAUGCUCAUUUCAUGAGUCGAAAACGUGAUAUGGGUCAUGAUGGAAUCCAGGAAGAAAUUCUAAGGAAACUGGAAGAUAGUUCUACCCAGAGACAAAUUGACAUUGGUGGUGGAGUAAUGGUUAACAUCACCCAGGAAGAUUAUGACAGUAACCAUUUCAAAGCCCAGGCCCUGAAGAAUGCUGAAAAUGCUUAUCAUAUUCACCAAGCUCGAACAAGGUCAUUUGAUGAAGAUGCAAAAGAAAGUCGGGCAGCUGCCCUCAGGGCAGCAGACAAGUCUGGCUCUGGGUUUGGGGAGAGUUACAGCCUUGCGAAUCCAUCCAUCCGGGCUGGUGAAGAUAUUCCACAACCCACUAUUUUCAAUGGCAAAUUGAAAGGUUACCAGCUGAAAGGCAUGAACUGGUUAGCCAAUCUCUAUGAACAGGGUAUUAAUGGAAUUCUUGCUGAUGAAAUGGGUCUUGGUAAAACUGUACAGAGCAUUGCCCUCCUGGCCCAUCUUGCUGAGAGAGAAAACAUUUGGGGACCUUUCUUAAUAAUUUCACCUGCUUCUACACUUAAUAAUUGGCACCAGGAGUUUACAAGAUUUGUUCCUAAAUUUAAGGUGCUACCAUAUUGGGGAAAUCCUCAUGAUAGAAAAGUCAUCCGGAGAUUCUGGAGUCAGAAGACCUUGUACACUCAGGAUGCCCCCUUCCAUGUGGUCAUCACUAGCUACCAGCUGGUAGUACAGGAUGUCAAGUAUUUCCAACGGGUCAAGUGGCAAUACAUGGUACUGGAUGAAGCUCAGGCGCUGAAGAGUAGCUCCAGUGUUCGUUGGAAGAUUCUCUUACAGUUCCAGUGUCGGAAUCGGCUUUUGUUAACUGGAACCCCCAUUCAGAAUACCAUGGCAGAGCUCUGGGCUCUGCUACAUUUCAUUAUGCCAACAUUAUUUGAUUCACAUGAAGAAUUUAAUGAAUGGUUUUCCAAGGACAUUGAAAGUCAUGCUGAAAACAAAUCUGCUAUUGAUGAGAAUCAACUCUCUCGCUUACACAUGAUCUUGAAACCAUUUAUGCUGAGAAGAAUCAAAAAAGAUGUAGAAAAUGAAUUGUCUGACAAGAUUGAAAUUCUGAUGUACUGUCAGUUGACUAGCCGACAAAAGCUCUUAUAUCAGGCACUAAAGAAUAAAAUUUCCAUUGAAGACUUACUGCAGUCUUCUAUGGGCUCCACUCAGCAAGCACAGAACACCACCAGCAGCCUCAUGAAUCUAGUCAUGCAGUUCAGGAAGGUGUGUAAUCACCCAGAGUUAUUUGAACGGCAAGAAACUUGGUCUCCAUUUCAUAUUUCCCUAAAGCCAUAUGAAAUUUCAAAAUUUAUCUAUCGUCAUGGACAGAUCAGGGUCUUCAACCAUUCACGAGAUAGGUGGUUAAAGGUUCUACUUUCUCCAUUUGCACCAGACUAUAUCCAGCAGUCUCUCUUUCACAGAAAAGGUAUUAAUGAAGGAAGCUGUUUUUCUUUCCUUCGAUUUAUUGAUGUCUCGCCAGCAGAAAUGGCAAACCUCAUGCUUCAGGGACUUUUGGCCAGGUGGUUAGCUCUUUUCCUGUCUCUGAAAGCUUCCUACAGGCUCCAUCAGCUGCGUUCUUGGGGAGAUCCAGACAGGGAGAGCCACCAGAGAUAUCUGAGAAAUAAGGAUUUUCUUCUUGGAGUCGAUUUUCCACUUUCCUUCCCUAACCUUUGCAGCUGCCCUUUGUUAAAGUCUCUUGUUUUCAGCAGCCACUGUAAAGCAGUGAGUGGCUACUCCGACCAGGUCGUCCAUCAACGGAGAUCAGCUACCUCCUCACUUCGUUGCUGCCUGCUCACUGAGCUGCCAUCUUUUUUAUGUGUGGCCAGUCCACGAGUCACCGCAGUGCCGUUGGAUUCUUACUGUAAUGACAGAAGUGCAGAGUAUGAGAGACGAGUUCUGAAGGAAGGAGGGAGUCUUGCUGCCAAGCAGUGUUUGUUGAAUGGGGCUCCUGAGCUUGCUACAGAUUGGCUAAAUCGCAGGUCGCAGUUCUUCCCAGAGCCAGCUGGAGGGCUGUGGAGCAUCAGGCCCCAGAAUGGCUGGUCUUUCAUCAGAAUUCCAGGCAAGGAGAGCCUCAUCACAGACAGUGGAAAACUGUAUGCCCUUGAUAUCCUGUUGACUCGACUCAAGUCUCAAGGACAUAGAGUCCUUAUCUACUCUCAGAUGACCAGGAUGAUAGACCUGCUGGAGGAAUAUAUGGUUUACAGGAAGCAUACCUACAUGAGGCUGGAUGGUUCAUCCAAGAUCUCAGAGAGACGAGACAUGGUUGCUGAUUUUCAGACCAGGAAUGACAUCUUUGUGUUUCUAUUAAGCACACGAGCUGGAGGACUGGGUAUCAAUCUCACGGCCGCAGAUACUGUGAUUUUCUACGAUAGUGACUGGAACCCCACUGUAGACCAACAGGCCAUGGAUAGGGCCCACCGCUUGGGGCAGACAAAGCAGGUCACUGUGUACCGGCUGAUCUGUAAAGGCACAAUCGAGGAGCGCAUUCUGCAGAGAGCCAAGGAAAAAAGUGAGAUUCAGCGAAUGGUGAUUUCUGGCGGGAACUUCAAACCAGAUACCUUGAAACCCAAAGAGGUGGUUAGCCUUCUUCUAGAUGAUGAGGAGCUGGAGAAAAAACUGAGACUACGACAGGAGGAGAAACGGCAGCAGGAAGAGACCAACCGAGUGAAAGAACGAAAACGCAAGCGGGAGAAAUAUGCAGAGAAGAAGAAAAAGGAAGAUGAAUUGGAUGGGAAAAGGAGAAAAGAGGGUGUGAACCUCGUGAUCCCAUUUGUCCCUUCUGCUGACAACUCCAACCUCUCUGCUGAUGGUGAUGACUCUUUCAUAAGUGUAGACUCUGCCAUGCCCAGCCCUUUCAGUGAGAUCUCAAUCAGCAGUGAGCUGCACACUGGCUCCAUCCCCCCUGAUGAAAGCAGCAGUGACAUGUUGGUUAUUGUGGAUGACCCAGCUUCCUCAGCUCCUCAGUCUCGAGCCACCAAUUCUCCUGCUUCCAUAACAGGCUCUGUCUCGGACACUGUGAAUGGAAUUUCCAUUCAGGAAGUGCCAGCUGCAGGACGUGGUCACUCAGCUCGAAGCCGAGGCCGCCCCAAGGGUUCAGGAAGCACAGCCAAAGGAGCAGGGAAAGGCCGAAGCCGCAAGUCCACAGCAGGCAGUGCUGCUGCGAUGGCAGGAGCCAAAGCAGGGGCUGCAGCGGCUUCUGCAGCUGCUUAUGCCGCAUACGGGUACAACGUGUCUAAAGGAAUCUCCGCAAGCAGUCCUCUGCAGACAUCCAUUGUCCGACCUACUGGCCUUGCAGACUUUGGACCUUCAAGCACCUCUUCUCCCUUAAGUUCCCCUUUGAACAAAGGAAAUAAUAUUCCUGGGACUCCUAAGAGCCUCCACAUGACCAGCAGCCUAGCCUCAGACUCGCUGAUCCGGAAACAGAGCAAAGGCACCAACCCUGCUGGAGGACGGUAACCAUCUCUGCCCUCUAGCUUCCUUCAACCAAACCAGGGGCUACAGUCCCAGGCCACAGGCGGUCUUUGGAUGGUUACCCAGUGUGGCGUCUUGCGUCCUCUUUGGAGAGUGGAAAAGACCAGUUACAGCAGACGAGGACAGGCAGGUGGUCGGGUGAGCACUUUGAUCACCUAGUUCCAAAGGAGUGUCCUGGGUUCGGCCCCACAGCAUCCCAGAUGAACUCUGCGGCCGAGUCUUAACCUCUUUGUGGGGAGGGCCUGGCAUAGACCCCUUUUAGAUGCUCAGGCACACUGUCUCCAUCCCCAUCCCACUCCAGCUCUGGCCAUGCCCCUCAUGAAGGCUCCACCGGUGCUGUGAAGAGCCUUCCAUAGUGGAGACCUCUCUAAAGGUUAUGAUUUCUUACAGGGCUAGACAGGGAGGAAAUGGUUCCCUGGUACCCACAGCCUUGAGCUUUCCUGGGUCUCUAAACUCUGUUUG